AUGGAAAGACUGGAUGCCGAGUGUAAAUACUUCUACAAGGCACUUUCCAUGAACGGUCCGAGAGUACAGAAUGAUAUUUACAUCGUUUUGUCCGCGGAAAACUCGAAAGAAGUGAGUUUAUCGCGAAAAACCUGAGAAAACGAUUUUUCCCAGGUUCCGAAUGCGUGCGGCCGAAUGUUGAUCGCAAUGCUCGAGAAGAUUCGACGGGCGGCCGGGACGAUGCGUCGGCACGAUCAUCCGCACCUGAAUCUCGUGCAAAAAGUGUCCGAUGUGCCGUUCCAAUCGGAAAAUCUGCCCGAACCGCCGUAUUUGUUCUGGGAAAACGUGGCGCUGAACGAGCCGUUCACCCUGAAAUCCGAGGCCAUGCUCAAACCUUUGUGCGUUUUUUUUCUGAAGAAAACUUGAAAUUUCUGAAAAAUGCUGAAAUUGCAGUGAGGACACUGCCAGUUCGCACAAUCCGUUUAUGGCGGUGGACGGAAAGAUCUCGAACAUGUACGGUCCCGUUCAGCACUUGAUGGACUUCGAUCCGAACGGACACGGGUUCGUUGGAUUCAAAAAUAACUUUUCAAGUUUGGGGGACUAGUUCACGACAGUUUUUUGCAGAGUCCGUCACAAAGAGUUCCGAAUGGCGAUCGCAAGUGUGAUCAAGCACCAGCCCACGUGCUUCUCGCAUUUCCAAUCGGUCAUCCACCUGAUAAUGACGUCACAGCACUGCGAAAAGUGUCUCCGAAUCCUUCUGGACGCACUCACGACCGCUCAAAAAGUGAACAAGUUCAUUUCGGUGCUCAGAAACGGACUCUGGAGUCCGAAAAACGAGAACGAGAUGAAAUUGAAGGAUUGGGCGAACGAAGAGGGCCGCAAAUACGCACAAAGUUGCUGGAGAAUCAAUCCCAAUGCCACGGUUCAUUUUUUCUUUUAAUUUUUGUGUAUAAAAACAAGUUUUUGCAGAUAAAAGUCCCGAAAAGAGCACCAGAAACUCAUCCAAUUCCAUCUUCAUCAGUAAGAUGAUUCUUUAAAGAAUUAAAAAAAUCAAGAAUUUCCAGCGUCCCUCCACAUCACAACAAACGACGCAAACUCCGGAAAUUCCGGAAAAUUCCAAAUCGGAACCGAAAUGGCAUCUGAAAACGUUGGAUAAACUUUUUGAUGUAUGGAAUUUUCAAAAAAGCAAUGUUCUAAUUGUAAAAAUUGUUUUAGUACCUGAAAAGAGAGGAAAAACGAAUGCAUUGCGAGACUGAUUUCAAUAAAAUGGAGCAGAAUGACCAGAAGCUCGAGGAGGUUUGAAAAAAUGUGUUUUAAAAGCUUUCCCUCUCCCGGUUACGCCACCACAUUUUUAAAUAAAAGAAAUAAUUUUUUUCAAAAAUUAGAAACAACUGUAAUUUUGUGCAGAUCAGUCGCCUGAAAGCGCCGCUGGCUCGAUGGAUUCUGGAGCAGAAAGAAGGCGCUUUUGACAUUGGAAAGUUCGGAUUCAACACGGGAAAGGGGCAUUUGGACGAGCAGUUGGAGCAGGCGGCCGCCCAGAUUUUUAAAAAUCGAGAAUUGUACUUUUGAAAAGGAAAAGCCACUAUUCUCAUUCUUAUUUUUCAGAGACCUAUCGAUUCCCAACAUAAUCGCAAAGUUGAGUGUGGAAGGAUACGAAAAGUACAGGGCUAUGGAGAGUUGUACGCUUUUACGCGCGAAAAAUUGAAAUGUUGCAAACGUUUCAGUGAGUUUGGACCGAAAAGUGAUGGACACGAUUACGGCCAAAAUUAGAGACGUCAUGGAAAGAGUGAGCGAAUUAGGGAAACCUUCUUUUAAAAAUUGCAAUUGGCCGGCCCUUUGUCUUCGGCUUUUGACCCACUUGCAAUCAUCCGACCGGACUCAAACUCUGCAGGCUUCUUAGACUUAAAGUAUACUGGGCCUAGGUGAUCGCUCGCAUCAUUGCAAGUGGAUCAAAAGUCCAGGACAAACUCAGAACAUUGGUGUUUUGAGUUGAGCGCCGGCAGUUCGGGACAGGCGAGUGGGCGGGGCCUGGUUCGUACCCGGAUGCUUUCCUAACUUUACUCACACUUCGCAAUUUGUCAUUUCAGUCGUUAUCCGCUGGACCCGUGGGAAGUCUCCCUUCGAGUUCGUCGUCUUCGGGAUCCUCGGAUGGCAGCGAAGAUUCGAACGAAUCGACAGCAUCGGAAAGAUCGGAAGAAAGUCCGGAAACGGAGAGAAAUGAAGGAAUCGAAGAGGAAGAAAUUGAAGAAACGCGUGCGGAACAGUCAUUUGACGAAAAGAAGCAAAUGAGCGUCAUGACAACCGAACAAUUGAGUGCGUAUAUAUUUUCAACAAAAUAACGACCUUUCGGAUUCAAUUCCGAGAGGCUGUCAUUUUUUAGCACCCCUCCUUUGUAUAACUUUCAAAUUUCGUAAAUAUCGUGUUUUUCUUCAGUUCUCCUCUCAAAUCGAUUCCACCACGCAUUCAAGAGCAUAAAAAAGUUCCAAAAAGCGCAAAAAGGGCUGAUUCCGAUGAGAAAACGGAGUGCGCGCGAGGAUCUGUGCGUGUUCUGCCUCUGUUUCACCCGAGAUCUCACGUGCCUCUUUCACGACGAACUCGACCUUUUCGUGAAUUUGAAAUGUCGACAGAUGAAUGCGGGCAGAGUGCAUUUCGGAAUGAACGAGUUGGACGGAUUGGCAGAGCAGUGCAGGCGCAUGGCACGCGUCAUCGAGAAAAGGGCCGCCAAUAUCGACAAGGUCUGGUAAUGACGCUGAUUUGAAAAAUUCACUGUUUUUGCGAAUAAUUUUUUUUUCCAGAAAAAACGGGUGGUAAGUGUCCGAAUGGAAACGCCCCGGCCCAGGCUUUUCAAAGGCUGUUUGAGGCGUGGACUUUUGCCCCACUCGUAAUAAUCCGAUCGGGCCCAAAACUUUGCAGACUUCUUGGACUUGGAUGGAAGUAUAUUGGGUCCGAGUUUCAGACCGAUCGGAUCCCGAGAUAUACUGGUUUGAGGCCGAAAAGGCCGCAAUCUUCGCAGAAGCCCGACCCUUUCAGACAAGUAAAUGUCGGGAUCAGAUGAUUCGAUCGAUCUGAAACUCGGACUCAAAAUACAUCCAUCCAAGUCCAAGAAGUCGGCGAAGUUUGGACCCGAUCGGAUUAUUACGAGUUGGUCAAAAGUCUAGGCCUCACAAAGCCUUCGAAAAGCUUUGGCCGAAAUUUGCCCAGCCCUGAUUUUUCGCCAUUUCAACUUCACUUUUUCCAGAAUGUCCGUGAUAUACGGCAGGUGAGAGUCUUUAUGAAAACGCCCCGGAAGUUUAAUGCGUGCACACCGAGAAAAGAGACUUUAAAAUGUGAAGUUCCGAAAAGUGCAAAGAAAAAUGAGGUACGGAAUUUUUUUAUGCUUCGAAAAUAGGCAAAAACUGGUAUUUGAUUUAAAAAAAAAACUCCCAUUUUUUCCUAUUUUAUACUUUGAAAAGUUGCAGACCCCGGCCGCCCGGAAACUUCUCGAUUCCUCGGUGAGCGACUGCUCGCCGGUCCCUCCGACCGAUGGUCCCCGCAAAAGAUCGCUCGCGAAACGGACGGGCCCGGCGACCCUCUCCUUCUCCUCCUUCCUCUCCUCAGUAACCUCGAACUCUUCGGAUAAUAGCAACACCGAUAAAAAAGCAAGAAAAGAGCCCGUUUCGAAGCUCCAGUUCUCGAGGGCGUGCUCCACUUCGGCCAAAUCCAGUCCUGCCGUCGCGCCGCCCAAAAAAAGAAGACGUGUUCCGAAGGCAGCCCCUUCCAAGGACAAACCCACUGCUCCGCCGAAGAAAAAAGCGAAAAGGGAGACUGUGAGAUCGAGAAAACGUCCUGUGAGACGGGCAACUCCGUCGUCUGAUAGUGAUUGUGAAGACGAGACGAACAGAGAGUCCUCUCCCGAUUUUCCACGUGGGUUCUUCAUUUUUUCGCAGAGCUUUAUCAGGAUUCAUAGGAUUUCGGUAGAAUUAUUUUAAUUUUAAAACAACAUUUAGGAAAUGUCCGCAUUUUAGGCCAAGUUCCCGGUAAUCCUUAUAGAAUUGUGUUGUCUAAUCCUAAACCCUUCAGCGCCGGUCCUGGACUACCCGCCGAUGGAACUGCCGGCCGACCGUUCCCAGUGGACACGGGCCCAUUGGUUCGCUUACGCGGGCGUUUUGGAGCAAGUGUGCGAGACGCCCGCGUGGAAAAUGAUUCCGAAGGCCGCGGAUGCCUCUCCGGUCGAGGAUCCGGUCCCGAUCGAGGCCGCGCUCACUUUGGGCACUUCGUCUCUCUCUGUCUCAGGCGAGAACUCCGUCGUCCGACCGGCGGAUACGCUCAUUUCGGCGGCUGACGGACACGCCUCCGCACUCAGUUCCUCCAAUACUUCCGUCAUAUCCCUUCGAUCGAUCGGAUCCAGUUUGGGCGGACUUCUCCAGUCUGAAAUACAAAAGUGAGGCAUUUUUUGGUGACGGUCUCUCUCUGGUUUUUCGCAAAACUACAAAUUUUAAUGAUCCUGAAUUGCUCAGAACGGACAUGGUCGCUCCAGUGACGCCUGCCACGUGUGAAUCCAUCAAACACAUGAUUUCGACGCCUGAAAGUAUUGGAGAAGAGAAGAGAGUGGAAGAAAAACAAGAAAAAGAACUGGGGAGACUGGCCAAUGGAGAGUCUGAACGGAAAACACAGAAAAUGGACGAGGAGGAGGACGUGGAGACGGUCGAAAGUGCUUCGGAAACUAUUGUGCAUCAGAACACUCUUGUUAUGUGCGUUUUUCACUGAAUUUCGGACAUUUCGCAGAUUUUCGAUUUGAAGAAGCCCGCGUUUUGUUGAUUUUGCCGAUUUCAACCCAAUUUUCUCCGAUCUUUGCAGUUCCUCAAGUUCGUCGCUCGAAAUGGAGUGUGUGCCGAAAAACGAGCCGAAAAAUGAGUACUCAUUCUCGCAGAAACAAAAAGAUAAACUCGAGCAAUCGCUGUUUGUGGGCGUCGAGGAAAGCGAGCAAAUGGUCGUGAAGGAGGAGGACGAGGAUGACUGCAUAAUUGUAGACGAGAGUACGUCUUGUUUUGUGAAAAAAUAGCACAGAAAUGUCUAUAAACGGAACAGAGCGCAGUUAAAGUUGUGGUGGCGGUGGCCUAGAAAAAUCUCAGGCCAUGAGAUCUUUUUCCGAUUUUUCUGAAUUCGGUACAAUCUUGAGACGUUGCCAAGCAUUCGCACAAAUCAGAAGCCAUGCAUCGUGCUAGCCCAUCUGACGUUUUGUAGGCCACGGCCACAACCUUAGUGGCGCGCUGCUUUCAAAUCAAUUUCCUAAUUUCAUCAGACAUUCAAAACGUUCAAUUUUUGCAGUCCUACAAAGUUCUGCGCCGACCAUCAACGACUCGUCGUUCCAAUUUGUCGAUAUGACCGGAGAUGGGGAUCAGCCCGGAUCCAGCAGCAGCACUCGUCCGUUUUGUUUAUCCUUUCAAAAAUAAAUGAUAAUUUUCUCGAAUAUUUGCAGGCGACACCGAAAUAUUAUUCGAAGAUGACGACAUCGAAAAAAUCGGCACGGUCAGUGAGUUUUCUCUCCAAACGUUUUCAAAUCCAGACUGCUUGGAGCGCCUUUUAAGCCUUUCUGUAGGCUAAUUGUGUCGUAGAAAAAGAUAAUUUUUGAAACUCGUGAUCGAUUUAUUGCAUUCAUUAAUUUCACUUCCGUCGUGAUCCAUCUUUUCUGCGGUAACGAAAACCCACAGAAAAUAAUUUUAUUGUACUAACAAAAACGAAAGGAAACCAAUUUUCUAGGUAUAAACUGUGGUCUUCUGCUUAAUUGUUCGAGAGACGAAACAUUUUGCGAAAGUUAAUUGAAAGGAACAGACAAAAUGCUCAUAUAAAUACACAAAAACAGUUCUAUUCUGCGCAGUUCUAUUAUGUUGGACCGCCGUUUUUUCGCUAUAGCGCGCUAAACAAUUUUUCAAGAAAAAUGUUGAUAAAUUUUUUUGUCCAUUUUCAGAUGUGUCCACAAUCCGCUAAACCAUAUCGGAAGACCAGCAAAAGCACCAACUGCGCGCAACAAUAA